CCACAGAGUAAAGAGAGAGACAAAAAUGGGUCGAGCAACGAGGUGGUUCAAGGGUUUGUUCGGAAUCAAACCUUCUUCAUGUUCCGGCACCGACUCCGGCGCCAUUUCCAACCGCCUUGACCGCUCUUUAUGCGACAGCUACGAGACGAUACCACCUAACAUCUCCGAGAAAGAAGCUGCGUGGUUAAGGUCGUUUUACGCGGCUGGAGAGGAAGAGAAAGAGCGUAGAACGCAUGCAAUUGCUGUUGCUGCGGCCACAGCUGCUGCAGCUGACGCAGCUGUUGCAGCGGCUAAAGCGGCUGCUGCGGUUGUUAGGCUCCAAGGUCAAGGAAAGAGUGGUCCGUUAGGAGGUGGAAAAUGCCGUGAGAAUCGUGCCGCUAUGCAGAUCCAGUGUGCCUUUAGAGGCUACUUGGCGAGAAAAGCGUUGAGAGCGUUGAGAGGAGUGGUGAAGAUUCAAGCUUUAGUGAGAGGUUUUUUGGUACGGAAACAAGCGGCGGCGACUCUCCGGAGUAUGGAGGCACUUGUUAGAGCUCAGGCUACUGUUAAGUUUCAGAGAGCUCUCCGCCGUAUCGGAAAUGCUGCUCCGGCGAGAAAAUCCACGGAAAGAUUCUCCGGAUCUUUGGAAAAUCGAAACAACGGCGAAGAGACAGCUAAGAUAGUGGAGGUAGAUACAGGGACCCGACCCGGGACUUAUAGGAUCCGAGCACCCGUUUUAACCGGGUCGGAUUUCUUAGACAACCCGUUUCGACGUACGCUCUCUUCACCGCUCUCGGGUCGUGUCCCACCGCGUCUAUCAAUGCCUAAACCUGAUUGGGAAGAGUGCAGUAGCAAGUUCCCGACGGCGCAGAGCACACCUCGUUUCUCCGGUGGGUCUCCGGCGAGGAGUGUAUGCUGCUCUGGCGGGGGAGGAGAGGCGGAGGUUGAUACGGAGGCUGAUGCUCACCGGUUCUGUUUCUUGUCCGGGGAAUUUAACUCGGGUUACAUGGCGGAUACAACGUCGUUUCGGGCGAAACUGAGGUCGCAUAGUGCACCGAGACAGAGACCAGAGAGUAAUGCUUCCGGCGGCGGAUGGAGGAGGAGCAUCGGCGGCGGUGGUGGUGUUAGGAUGCAGAGACCGUCGUGUUCGGGUGUCAGAGAAGCUGUGGUCGGGAAUAUCGAGAGGCGUAGGAUGCAUUGGUGAUUCUUAUUUCCAUAAUUAUUACCCGUUUAGUCUUUUAAUUAGGGGAGUAAUGUUAUUAAUUUU